AUGUACGAAGCGAAGUGUAUAGUUAUGGACUACCAGCAUCACAACGCUCAGUUGCAAGCGCAGACGCAACAACACCUGCAACAACUGCAAUCUUUGGCCCCGGACUCGACCAGAUGGAACCAAUACCAACAGUUUUGGCGACAUCAGAUGCUCAUGAACGGUAUUGAUUUUGAUUGAUCGUAUAUUUUUAGAAGUUUGAAUUUAUUUUUUUCUUAUCGCGUUAUAUACGCGAUAUUAUUUGUACAAAUAAAAUAUCGUACCCGUACGAAUACGUAUUUUUCCGUCGUACAUACUUGAUAGAAAAAAAAAGUAGCGCAUUAUAUUGUGUACCCCCCGUACACACGGCGAGUGUAAUGAUAAUAUUACGUCUAGAUAUAGAAAAUAGUCUGACAAAUGUCAUGGGUACAUUAUACAUGGCUAAUAUUAUGUCGAAAAAAAAAGGGAUUUCGAUCUCGCAUCACACGCCGCGUACGGGUUAUUAUACCUACUGAAAUGCUCUUUUCCUCGUAACUCGCGUGCUUUCGCCUUCACGGGGUGCUAGGGUAAACGAAUAUUGUCCCCACCCCCCAGCGUCAAAAUAUAAUAAUAUUUAUCAUUGAAAAAAAAAAAAAAAAAACAUAAUAAUAAUUCCACGAAUAUCGACUGAACGAUUGCAGUUUAGGUCGCAGGACUUGUGUGGAUAUAGGUGUAUUGAGCUGCACAAUCGCGUACGCCGUAAUAAUAUUCUAGCUCCCGUACGGUCGGAUUUAUAGUUUAAUAAUUAUUUCUAUCGUAACGCGUUCGUGUUAAUGAUAUUGUAUCCUUGAAACAUAUUUAUAUAUACAUACGAGUGUAAUAUGUGUAGUAGUAGUAUAAGUCGUACUAUAAUAAUACAUAAUGUCAUGUCAAAGUUCUCACAAAAUAUCGCAAACGACCUGUACGAGACGGGAAUAAUAACGGAAAACCGAUAAAAAUAAAUAAAAAUAAUACGACUUCGGUAGUAAAUUUGAACACUGAAAUAGUUUAAUUAUAAUAUACUGUAAUUUAUUGGUCCCGGGGAAGAAGGGCUCGAGUCGAUUUCGCAUAGUUUUCAAUUCAGUUACAAUUUGGAAAACACACCGCUUUUUAGACCGAAAAAUAAGCGGAUAAAAAUUACAAGAGAUAAAAUUAUAAAAAAAAAAAAAAAACAAAUUGAACCAAUAAAUAAUAAUACGAGUUAAUUCAAUAUAGGUGUACACGCGUUUUGUGAUUACAAUAUUUUCAUUCAAGGUGACAUUAUUUUUAAGGGUUAGAAAGAAAAAAAAUCACAUACUAAAGGUCGACAGUGCCGCUGAUACGUUAUCAUACGUAUUUUGUUCAAAGCAUAUUUGCGUAACAAAAAAAAAAAAAAGAAGACGGGCUUUUUUUUCAUUUUGUCGUUUGAUUUUUAAUUUAUCAGCAAAAUGCUUUAUAUACGAUUUUUUUUUUUUUCUUAAUUUCGCAAUUCAACAUUAUAUAAUUCACUUAAUAUAUGUUCAAAUCUUUUUUCUCCGCGUGUGCCAAUAUGUGGACGAUAAUAAUAAUUGUACAUUACCAAUAUGUAACUCUGAAGAAAUACAAUGAACAAAACAAAAAAAAUCCCUUAACUCUAAACGGACAGUCGGAAAAAACCUGAAUAAUAAUAUAAGGACCGGUGUAAGUUUCUUUCGCAACGAAACGAAACAGAUGAUAUUGUCUCGUUUUGUCGUCGCAUUACAUUUUGAAUACCCAAAAGUGAAAUGCGUCUGUAAAGAGACGACCUUGAAAGAGACGAGCGCACCACACCACUUUCUAUUCGAUUCUUGAACGCACACGUGAUUAAGCUUUCAUAACGAACAACAAUACAUUUGGGUCAUUACGGACGUACGAUUUUCUUCUCUUCGCCUCUUCCCGGCGUGUGUCGUUUAUACAAUAUCGGGUACAUAACACAAGAUUUACCUAUACAGAGGGUUUAUAAUAUUAUUCCGUUCUACUGAUAGACGACAAUCACAUAUUACUAUGCAGUAGCGGCGUGAAGUUUAUUUUCGAAACCAGAAGAUUUACAUCUGUAACUAAGGUCACCAGACGCUUCUUCUGUACUUUUUCGUUAACAUAUCUUCUGGAUUAAUUAUCUCCCGCAAAAUUUGUUCAUGAAGCAGCGCAGACACUCAUGAACGCCACUGCUGAUUAUUGGUACAUACGCUGUAGUCGAUUUAGACCGGACAAAACCGAAGGAAUCGUACGUAACGGAUUACUAUAUCAAGUUUGUUGACGGGAUGUGGAAAUGUUAAUGCAAUCAUUUCACUGGAAAUCGCCAAAAAAUAAAUAAAUUGUAUUUUUGAAAAAUCGCCUAAAAUGUACUCAAUCAAAAUCUAAACAAAAAUUAUAAUAAUGCCGACGUAUCCCCUGGGAGAUAAAGAACCUAAAGAAUGUUGCAAUAUACGUUUUCAGAACACUUAAAUCCGUCAAACACAAUAAUUCCUGGUUUUGUCUGGCCUUUGUAACCUCUUUGUCAGCAAAAACAGCCGUGUACCCCCUUUCGCGAGCAAUACAUCAUAUUAUAGCGGAAAAGUCGUAUCGUUACAAUACGGCGGCCAUUAAAAUAUUAAUAAAAUUUACGGAAAACCGGUCACCAAUCCACUCGAGAUUCGAGUGAAUUUUAUCAUCCGUUCAGGUUGGUAUAUCGUGAACGCGUUUUUCCGGCGACUGAUGAACGUAAAUGAAAGUAAACGCCGCGCGUAUUUGUUAUAGUAUAGUACCGUGUCACUAGGUACACAUACAAUUAUAUUCUUACUUAUCGUCUUGAAAAAAAAAAAUCACUCCGGUAUGUCUUAUUAUUAUUAUCUCGCAUCGGGCGAAAUACUUAUUUUAUUGUGAUUUAUCUUUGAAUUAUAUUAUAUUUACUCUGGUGAAGUUUCUAAUCUGCAACGUUUAUACCGCGUUCUCGGAGAUUAAUAAAAAGAUUAUACGAAUUAUAACCCGUGAUCGUAAAAAAAAAAGAUUUGUGAGUAAUACGUAUCAAGCGCUUAAUGCGCGGUUGCCGUGUUCUUUACAAUAAAAAAAAAUACACUUAUAUACGUUUUUUAGAUUACGAGCAUAGCGAACAAUAAGCUAUUAGUUUUUACUAUAAGAUGUGCCGUUUCCGCCUCCCCUUCCUCAACUCCAAAAUGCCUUUUCGGUAAUUUAUAGUAGAAAUGCUCCGGGUCAUUCACAACAUCGACGGAUUUCUAGCCCGGCGGUACCCUUUGUUUGAAAACAAAUCUAGAUUCGCAAAUUUUCCGAAAAAAAAAAAAACCCCAAUUUUAAAACCGACGGCAAUAUUACUAAAAUUUCGGUCGAUACAUGGGUUACAUUUUCGUUAAUUUCCAUUUUGCUUUCAGGCCAGAACUGAGUACAAAUACUAUUAUUACCCAGCUCCGCUCAGAAUCGUUUUUCGAUUGUAACGAUUUCCCGUUACUCCCGGUACACACAAACUAAACAUUACGGCUAACCUUCCAAACUGCAUAAUUCGACUUUAACUAAACUUUACAACGGCGAUUGCGAACUCUGCACGAAGUAUUUGCGGUUAUAGUUAUUUUUUUUCCGUUAUGUUCUAAAUUCGUAUCUGAUGCAGCCCCCUGACUGGCCGACAGUAGUUCGUUCGAUCAUUGAGUCUCGUCGAUGUGCGAUACCAUAAUAUUAUUGCGACCGCAUAAUUCACUUUCAAUUUCAAUGGUCAACUAAUUAUUGUAUUACUUACCUACUAAUUUUUUUUUUUUUUUGUUUUGUUUUGUUUUUUUUUUUCUGUAUAACAUUAUGCCGCGCACACGCAUACAUACAUACAUACAUACAUACAUAAGAACGCGCGUCCUUAACGGAAUAUUAACGAGUGAAAUUGGAAAGUUUUAUAAUCGUCAUCGCAGACGGCACAUAAUGACGACGGUCGGCGCGCAGGGAUUUUUUAGGACGUUAAUCAAUUUAUCUAAGUAGGUAGUUUUAUUAUUAUUGUUAUUACACAAUAUUAUAAGUAUUAUAUUAUUAUUAUUUUAUGAUAUAUAAUACAUCACAAAUGGUACAUAAAGAUAAAAAUAUACAUGUAUACAUAUAUUUUUUAUUCGUAUUCUUUUCACAUAUCGUGUGACAAUAAACGAAAACAGAAAGCGAUAUUGAAUACAAUAAUAACAAAAAAAAAAAAAAACCAAACCAAUUAUCCGUACGCACACACACACUCCGUAGCUCGUACACGUCAUGCACACAAACGCACAAGCGACGGACUUGCUCCUUCCUUUUUUUUUUUUUUUUAUAAUAUCGUUCGUGUGGAUUCCAUAAUUUGUUCGACAAACGUUUCAACGGUCCUGUACGUUAACGUAUAAUAUUUAUUUCCGGGAAAAUUCGCCGUCACAACGGCGACGAUGGAAAAACCGCGGACUACAAUAAUUAUCGUAUAUCCUCCCCAUACCUGUGCAAUAUUAUUUUGUCGUCGGUUUUCGGCAACCGACGAGGUUUAUAACACUUUUUUUUUUUUUUUUGCGGAGACUUUAACGGUAGACCACAGUGUAAAACGCGAAAAUUUACGCGUGCGCGGUUUUUUCUUUAUUUCUUUUCGUUUUUUCCUCUCCUCUCUAAUAGACACGUGGAAACAUAACGUUAAAUCUGUGCGCCGUCGCGAAGAACCAAGUAGAUUAUUAUAUCCACUUUCACUCGCGCGCGCGGUCCUCCGUUAUUUCCGGGGUAACCUUGUUCAACCGGUUAGCCUCGUAUAUACAUGGACUGUACAGCUGUAGCAAAAAGAAAGAAAAAUCAACUAUACUCGAACGACGUGGGCAUAAAAAAUUCACAGAAAUAUAAAUAUACAUUUUUUUUUUUUAUCGUUUGUUUUCUCGUGACCGAUAAGAAUAUAUUAUGAUGUGGGCGAGGUGGGUGUGCGAUGUUGUACAAUUUAGCGAGUUUUUUGAUAUAUCCGUACAUAGAUGUAUGCAUUUAAAUUCAAAAAUCGAUUUCAAAUUUACGAACUAAAACUACGACAUUAGGUCCGGCAAACGAGGAUAACAAUCGCGUUAGCCUCGCACAAAUAUCGAAAAUUUAAACACAUUAAAAAUAAUAUUAUUUCUGUAAACAUUUGAAUAAAAUCAAGAUUUCCAACGUGUAUAAAAACAGCAAUCGUAUUGUGUUAAAUCAUACUUUUAAAUCUAAAAAUAAGACUAUAGAGUUUUGCGAUGUAUACGUCGUCGUAUAAUUCGAUCAGGUCCGUAAAUCACUGCAACACCCCCGAAUUUCCGAAUAGUUUCCGAAAAAUCCCGACAAUUAUUACCCAAACCGCGAGCAAUCGCUGAAUAUUGUCAGAUUUUUUCGUCGUACAGACGAUUGGAGGUGCGUAUAUAUUCUUAUAUUCCGUAAUCGAUCUCUUGCCGUUUUCCAAACGUGUAUCGGAAAACGGCCAGAAACGUCGUCGUUUUUUUUUUUUUUUUUUUCAUCGAACGCUAUUUAAACUCGCCAUAAUAUGCGCUGCGCUUAUUGACAAUUAUUUCCAUUUUAUAAUUUUCCCUUCUUGCGUCUCACUUCCCGAGUAUUCCCGUGUAACACACACAUAUAUAUAUAUAUUGCUCUUUUUCUUGAUUCGUAAUAUGUAUUUUCGCCCCCGCCACUGUGUUCCGCCCGGUAUUAUAAUUUAUAAUAUUCUCCGUGUAUACGAUUUUCGGAGUAAACGGCGUCGCGGACCGGCGAGUGUUGUGCACGCAAACGAUUUCUCGGAUCGCCGAAACAGUCUCCGGCCGGGGCCCCUUUGGGAUACUCCGACGACCGAUAAUAAUGUUCGCCCGGCCCGCCCGUUCGUAGGUACCGGCGUCGCCGCAUUUACAGGUUAGGCGUAUAAUGUUAUAUUUAUAGGCGAUAUACGCGAACGGCCGCCCACGGGCCGCCAUCGCCGUUUAAUACAUUGUCAAUAAUUCCGUCACCGUACGAAAGUGAAAGCGUUUUUGAUUAUUUUUUUUUUUUUUUCUGUGCCGCGUCCGUAUACACAACACCGAGCAUGUAUCUUUUUUUGUUUCUCCCGCGCGCGAGCCGUACGUCCCCGUGUCCUCCGCGAGCGUGCGUGCGUGUACCGUGUACUACACCCGACAGGAGGCGGGCACAUUCGAAAACUCUCACUUUCUUCGCGCCCAGACGUCGUGCGGCGUAUGUGUUUUAACGAGCGCGAAAACGUUCGGCCGCCGUCGCAAAACCAGACGGAACCGAAUGCGCCGCGUCUCGUGCGUAUAGACGAGCUAAUUACAAUAUAACGUGGUCGGCGAGCGGGGUUCGCGCCGCCUCGCCGCCGUCCGCCGUUCAGUUGCUACGUCAGACGCGGCGCGUUUCGCGAAUAACGGGAUAUCCGACGAAUGACGGUCGCCGUGUGACGGGCGUUUGAAGGGUAGGGGGAAAAUACCGUUCGGUUUUGGUACGUUGGUCACACUACGCUACCGCACCGCACCGAGUACGUAGCGGGGCGGCGUGGCGCGACGGGUGAAAGUGAGAUGGGAACCACUUUCGCCGGGAAAUACCCGCUCGACGACGACGACGCCGACGCAACCGGUGUCCUUCCGGAAUCCACGCCGCCGCCUCCUCGCGUGAUUUGGUUUUUCUCUUUCUCUCUCUCUCUUUUAUUGCCAAUCUCCUACCGAGUCCGGAAUUGUUGUCGGCCGUUUUUUUUUUUUUUCUUCCUUCCGCCGCCGUUAACAAAUAGAAAACCGAACGGUAUAAUUAAUUGUCUCCAUCUAUACCGUACACGGCGUUUUCGUCCGUAUCGCCUGUCCCGUUGUAAUGUACGCGGGCCGCCGCCGUCGUUCGACGAAAUACAUUUAUAAUAUUAAUCUGGGCCUGUCCGCGUUUACAUAGUGACGGGCCGUAACGGCUCGGCGGCGUGUUUCGGCGUCGAUAAGAAUCGAAUCUGCGGUCAGUUCUCGUAAAAGAAAGUGUACUCCGAAUCUCGAUAAAAUAUUCGAAAUACUUCGACCGCCUCUUGAAAAGCCUAUGUUCUCCGCGAGUUGGCUGCGUACAGUUCCAUUAAAACAUUACUAAAAUACUUGAUGUUACGUGUUUCCGUCGAAUUUUCCCUGAAAUUGGAGACUAUUCAUAGUAUUGUUGUGUCUGUUGUGCGUAUAUUUUUCCCGGUACGUGGACGCUUUUAGCGGCUCUCUCUGGACUUAAAAACCCGACGUUUUUUUUUUUCUAUCCAAAAUUGAAGUGAUAGGAUUUUGGUCGAAUAUGAACUUCACCGUGUUGUUGCGGGAGAAUUGUUCUUUUUUUUUUUUUUUGGAUUCCACCUUCCACCUGGUGUAAGUUUCGAAGAUGUGCUUUUUGGCGAUUUUGACUUUCGAACCCGUCCCCAACCAUUUUUAUGCUCAGAUUUCGUGUUUUCACGAGAUUUUAAUUACCCUUUUAGACUUAUGAAAGUAAGAUACUUGGCUAAAAUAUAUAUCUAAAUAGGAUAUUUAUCGUCGAAGAUAUUUUACAUUUAGAAAGUUUGAACGUCUGACCCUCGACCCCGACAUCUGUUUAUAUUUUAUUAAAAAUCUCAAGAAUAUUCUAACAAAACUUUGUUUGUUCAUUUUCCUAUUAUUUUCAAAAAAAAAAAAAAAAGUAUGUGCUGAGGGAGGACAAUUCGAUUCUAGUGACUGAGCUCUGCUGCUCUUGGGUAUUUUUUUCUCUAAUAUGCCUCUAAAUGUUAUAAAUUAUUAUUAGUUUAAUUACGUACUGGUGAUAAAUUUCGAAUUGUAUAGAAUCGCCAGCGUAGAAAAUAUUGUUUUUGUAACAAUACUAAUAAUAUUGUAAAUAAAUAUAGGUAUAUUUGUGUGACCUUCACGAGCGAUUAAAAAAUCUCGCGUUUUAAAUAAAUGCAGACAAUAAUUAAUAGAUGACGGGGGAUUAAGGAACCAAUGAGGGGCUUGAUGGAAGACAUCAAGAUAUUUAAAAAACGAUAGACUUAGAGGGCCGCAAAAAGGAAACCGUCGUCCAGGGUAGGGAAAGAUGAAAUUUAGCAUCGUCGGUGACAGUGACCAAUAAUUAUUAUGAUUCAGAAGCUGCCGGGUACUCGAAAGCGAAAUAUCAUUAUAUUAUUUAUAAUUUGAAUGAUAAUCGAAUCCAGUGAUUUCAAACCGAAAUUGCAUGAACCCAGUGUAGAGGUGACAUAAAAUCCUCGAGGAAAUAAAAAAUUUUAAUUUUUUCGAACAUAUUAAUGUUCCUUCUUCACCACUCGCUCUUCAGCAAUACCGUUAUUGCUUCUAAAAUUGUGUAAACUAACUGGGCUUACCACAAAGUCUAUAUUCAAAUGUGUUUAUUAUUUUUCUGCACACUAAUUUUUUUUUUUUCAAUAAAAUCAUCAUUUUCUUUUAAAAUAUACAGUUAUAAAUUAUUUAAAACCCAAUAUUUCAAUGCAUUAUGCAUGUUUUGAUGGUAGGGCGACGCAGUGUUGGAUUUUCGUUGAUAAGAGCGUCAUGAAUUAAAAAAAAGGACGAAAACCACUGAUCUAAUUAAUCGUUUCGUUUAUAUAUUUAUGGUUGCAUUAAUACAGAGUAAUUUUUUUUUUUUUUAUCCUGUUAGGUUGGGUGGAUUUUAAGUAAAUUUGAUUUGUUGAUUUUUUGGAUUUUUCGCUGGCUACAUCCGAAUCUACCCUCCUAUGGCGGGUACAGUGAAGCACGGAAUACAAGUCAUUAAAAAAAAAAACCGCUUGUAUGUUAGUGACCGAGGCCAAAAAUAAUCGAAACUAAAAUUACCGGCUCAACUAAAAAGUUCGAACAUCAUUUUACGGGAAGGGUAAAGUUUUUCCCGAAAAACAUUUUAGAUUGUUCGGUGAUACUAUUACUAAGAAGAAUGAUAACUACACGUGACCUUCGCUAGGUACAGUUUAUUUGUAUUGAUCAAAUCGAUCGAAUUUUUGUUUUCGUUAUAAUCGCCUGUCGGAAAUUUCGUUAAAAUCGCACGCUGUAGAAAGGCACGAAAAUCCGUUGUCGGCCGACGACGAUUGUAAUUUUAUCGUAUUAUUUCCAGUAGUUAAAUUAUUAUUUGCGGCGAACAAAAAAAAAAAACCAAACCGUAUUUUAUUUAACGAUAAUAAUAACAAUAAUAAUUUACAACGGUUUGCAGCCGAGUCCUCCGGGCCCGAACGACUUGCUCUUCUGUUGCGCAAUCGGAAUAAUUUUUUUUUCUCUAUUUAUAUUAUAUCCGGACUCUCGACCACUUUCACUUUGCGCACACUGUAGCCGUCGCACAGUUUGCCAGGCAUCACUACGGUACAAUCGUUUUUUUUUUUUUUUUUCUUCUUUCUAAUAUUAUUAUUAUUAUUAUUAUUUUCGUUACAGACGGGCGCGAACACGGCGGCGUUAAUUUAUACGCCGUUGUGUGCGCCGACUUAACGGACGGAUCGUGAUACAGUAAAAAACGCACUGUUGUUUACUACGUGUUCGCGGGCAGUGUAUUUUUCACUGUUAUUAUUUUUGUUUUCCUCGUACGAAACGCGCCGAACCGUCACCAAUACCGACCGAGCACCGAGCUUUAUCAGUGCGGAUUAUCAGCGAAAACAAUUUUUAAUACACACGCACCCGUGUGUUGAACAAAUUAAAAGGAAUUCGGAUUUUCGCACGCGUUUUGACGCGAUAAUCUCCGAAAAACUGUAGCACGCACGCAAUCGCAGGACGAAAUCUAUUCGGUUGGUAAAAUAUACCGGUAUACCUCCUACUCCGAAUAGAAAGUUUUCCGAACGGCCCGCGAGAUAUUAACGGGAAAAAAAAAAAAAAAAAAAAAACCCGCGCAAAACAUCGUAAUAAUAAUAAUAAUACGCGAACGAGAUACAGUAGUGAAACGGUAACGGUAAAAUGAUUUUUGAAAUGUAUUUUCGCCGUUUCUUGCGGUAUGUCAUUAUCAUUUAUUACAUUGCAGACUAUCGGCGGCCCUCACGAAUCAUUACUAUAAUCUCUAUGCCCGCGUAACCUUUGAUAAUACGAACAAUUUUUUUUCGCUCGACCGGACGCGCCCACAAUAUUACAGUCAGCCACCCGGUAAUUCGUAUUUCCGCGUAAUAUUUUCACGUUACACCCCGUGCCCGAGCUGGUUUUAAGAGUUUUCGAGAGUUUUGCAAAACACGCCUGUUGGGGUUCCAUCGCGAUACCGCUUCGGGACGGUUUCAAUAUAACGUCUGCCACCGCGGCCCGCGUUCAGAUAAAGCUGAGGGUAAACGGAAAAACUUAACCCGACCCGUCGGUCCGAACCUUUGUCGGGCCGCUCCGGGGAAAUCGGCGCCCCGGGUCUAAACCUAAGACCCCCGGGUACACAACAAACCUUCGCGUACCAGACGAGCCCGUAUACUAUUAAUAGAAUGGCCAACUCCUCGGUCUAUCGCUAAAUCAUAUCCAAUGGACCUGUUAUUUUACAUACCCAGACGGCUUUUUGUUGUUACACUCACUAUGCCAAUACAUUUAAAACACGUCGCAAUGCGGUUCGUCUUAACAAAUUAUCGUAUUAUCGAGAUAAAACUCAUUAGGUAUUUGCAUGAAAUAUAUUAUAUUGUUGUUUUGUCCGGCGGGAAAAACGUUGAAAUUUAAAAUGAUAAUAGAUACAAAAUGGCGGUCCGUGGAUAUAGAUAAUGUCUCGGCCAAUCACAAUGCGUUGUGCGAUUUGCUCGCUCUCCGACUACACCUGCAUAUCAUUUAUUAUAAUGUUAUAUACCCGGUUUUCUAGAUAUUUCCCUGGUCUAACGCCGAUAAAUUAUAGAAACGCCGCUCUAUAGUGCCUAUUAUAAUUCGACGUGUCACAAAUUACACAAAACGCCUAUAGUUCCGUUGUUAUUUGCCGACAGACCGAACCCUUAAUGCGUUUUUAGUCCUACGCACGCAUAUAGCUGGCAUUUUUUCGUUACUUUUACGUCGUGUGUGUAAUAUUUGAUAAUAAUUACUGGACGUGCGAUUCGAAAUCGAAUUCGUACGUUUAGCCAGAUUGUCAAUUAUAAAUAUAAUAUAGUAUCGCGUAUAAUAAUAAUAUAACAAAAUACUUUUACUAUAUUAUACGGAACGGCCCGUUUGUUGUUUUACUCGCGGAUUGCUUUUUCUAUCAUAAACAUUAUAGAGACACGCGUCAAGCAUUUAAAUAAUAACAGCGCAACAGUAAUAACGUGACCGAAUGUUAAUCGAAAAAUUGAAAAAUUCGCUUUUAAUAAUGUAAUCGAAAUGUGUUCAGCGCCUCCGCCGGGAUAAAUAAUACGCAAAGUGUCCGGAGAAAAAACAAAAACGAAAACCCUAGUUGCAAACGGUCGUGCCUAUAUAAUAAUACACACGCAGAAUCGGCGUUAUCAAACAUCGAUGGGGGGGAGGGGCGUCAUGGGUGUGAUUGAAUAUCAUCAGAAUAACGAAAUUAGCCGACAAUAUUGUUUUUACUUAUAAAUGAAAUUAUCGACGAAUCGGUAGUCUCACGCUUCAGGCCCUGUAUAUACGGUGAGAAAAAAUUGGGAAUGGUAAACCGUAAAAAAUGGUAAAAGUAGGGGGUUUUCUCCCCUACUGUCGCGACAUUUGAAAUUUGCCGUCCGGUUCUAUCCCCGAACUCUUUCCAAAAUCCGUAGCUAUAGAGCGGAGUCGCCUAACUAACCUGUGGCCACCAAUUUCAUCGUAAACAGUGCAAUUUAUUGUAACUUGAUCAGCCACCCGAUUGGAUUGUUAUCGUGUUCAUCGGCACGUUCCGGUUAAUACACCGGGGUUGAUAUCAAUGUUAAUACACAGAGACACGCUGGUGCGGCGUAGAACGGUCAAAUUCAGUUUAAAAUAUCAGUGCUAAUUUUUUCAUUCCGUGUAAUUUUCUCGAGACAUUGGAAUGUAACGGAGUAUGCGUGCAACGCAUUUGCGGUUUAAUUUCGAAUUCUUUUCAACGGCCGAUUAAACGGAUCAAAUCGAAUACGAAACGUUUUUCAAGAUGUCCGUAUAGAGGUGGUUUAUUAUAUUUUCGGCAGCUGCGGCGUAUUUCCAUAAUGAAUCCGUCACAGACUCGCAGCACGAGUAUCGUAAGCAUAUUGGAAGUACAUUGCAAUAGUUAUAUAGUCUUCGAUUGUAUUCCGAAUCGGGUGUACCUAUAUAUAUAUAUUUUCUUUUAGAUACAAUAAUAUAGGUACCUAUAAACAUAUAUAUAUACAUGAAAAUCUCUCCGCGCGUGAAAUGUCCCCGGAUAUCAAUAAUACGUACCUACCAUAUUAUAUUGUACAGAGGGAAAACGAGAAUAUUUUCGGACACGUCCUAACCUGUGCACGGGUGUUGUUCGGACAAUUUCGGGCGUUUAAAGUACCGGACGAAGACGUGCGGUGGGAGACGGUGGCAGCGGUGUCAGAGAGGAGAGAACGGCGGACGAGGCGAAUCGGAACACGCGUGGCGGCCGCGGAUUGAUGGUGUCCCCCCGCGAGUGAUGCGAAAGUGAAACAACCGCGGCGUGGAAUCGCGCAACGGAAGAGCGAGAACAUCAAACGUGUCAAAUCCGCGGCCGUUAUUAUACGGCUUCCUACUUCCUGCAUUACGAAACGACCGCACAACUGUAAAUUUUGCCAAGCGGCGGCGGCGCCGUUCUGCCGCCGUACAAUUGUACUAUUAUAUUUAACACGCCGUAUUCUUCUGCGUGCGACUAUACCGCGGUCCAAUUACCAGACCGGUAAAAAAUUUAGGUUCGCGUCCGCGAUUCUCACCGUCGCGCGCGUUCACUCUCUGUUUUCGGCUAGCGUUUUUUAGUUUCGAUUUUUUUUUUCUUCUUCUCGCACGAUUGUUCUCCCGUAUCCGCCGCGCGCUGCACAGCCGGACCCGACUCGUUCAUAUUUCUACAAAUAAUACGCGACAAAGUUUUCGACGGCUCCGCAGCGUUUGUCCCCGCGGUCGUCUGCGGUUUUCGUCGGGGUUUUUUUUUUUUUUUUUUUUCCACUCAUCAACAAGGACGGUACCUAUUAUAAUUUAUUAAUUUUUUUUCUAUUCGAUUCGGUCGUCCAAUUACGAAUAAACGAACACGUACCGUAAUAUUAGAAUAUCCAGAUAUUCUAAUAUUGUGGGCGGUAAUAAUCUGCGCGUCAAAAAAAAAAAAACCCAAACUCUAAACUCGAAUAGGAAAAAAAUAAAACUAAAAUAUACGCGGAUAAUAUGCGAGAUUAAAAUAGGCGAACUUUUUGAAAAUACGCAGUAAAUCGUAAUUCUGUCUUAGUAGAAUAUUUUAUUAAAAUAAUAAUUAUAUGCGUGGAUAGUGAUUACCGGACACUAGUUAUACGGAAAGUACUUUAUAAUUAUUAUUUUUUUGAAAAAGAGAUGAGACACAAAAGUAAAUAAAAAAAAAAGUAACCUUUUCUCAGCGGCUUUUAUUAAUUCGAUGUUUGUGAAAUCUACAGUUUUAUACGAAAAAUGUAUUUAAUUCAAUUUUGGUUUUUUAUUUUUUGUACCUGUAAACAGGACUUUUUUACUCCAAUCCAAAAUUUUACACAAACUUUCUUGUAGUGUUUUUGAUUUAGUAGGUGUAUUGAAAGGGUCAUAUUUUUACUUCCUUUGUAGUUUUCUUGAUAAAUGAGAAAAACCGAAAAUUCUUUGUUGAUUUUUGGGUUACCUUGGCGAUAAAUGAAGGAAUUUUAAUCGAAACCUAAUCGUUAGCCAAUGGUUUAUCGUGUCUUACAGAUUUACAAUUAUAUAUUCCUCUAUAUAUUAUAUUAUUUUUUCCGAAUUUCCCUCUUUAAACCAUCCACGCAUCAGUGUGAUCUCAGCCUAUUUUUUUUUAGAUUGUUUACUUAUUAUAGAUGUAGAAGACGAAUGUUGCUGGUAUAUAUAAUAGACGACUACGAGUUGGUUCCUAAUUACCGAAUUAGUUCCCGGGUUCUCAACACGUGUAACAUACGAAUUGCCAAUUGGUUCCCUAGUUGUUCACAGGUAACAUACGAAUAGGUUUUGAUGAGCUUUAAUAAUAAUAAUAAAACUCUGUUCAAUUAACUUUUUAAAAUUAUUAUCAUAUAUUCAAUCAACUAUAAUUUCCUUACCAUUUUAAACAGACUUAGGACAGUCUAAAAUACUUAAGACCGGUUAAAAGUGUUGCAGUUAAAUUUGGCAAUCAUUAAACUUUUUAAUAUUUUCACCAAUUAACUUUUCCUUUUCAACAAUUAUUUUGUAUUUUAAUUUAAGCGUACUUCUUUGCUUUAUAUAUGUUUUAAAUUGGAUCUCUUUCAAUUAUUUAAUUAAUAAAAAAAUAUUUGGGUAGGCGGUAUAAAAUCGAGAGUUGAGUUUUCCGUGAAAUGAUUCGCAACUGUUUGUUGAUCGUUCUGAUGUGGCUGAAAAACCUGCCCACAUUUUUGGCCACAAACCACAAUCAUUUUCAAUAUAAUUUCCAAGUACAUAAUAAAAAAUGCAUCAAGUUUUUCAUCUACUUGUUUUAUAGUCAUCGACUGAUCAGUAACGAACAACAAAAAUAACCAAUUUAUUACAAAUAAUCUAUUUAUAUUACUAUAUUACAGGGGUGGGAUCCAGAGGGACAACGGGUUCAUUUGCCUCUUCCAAACACCGUUGUAGAUUAGUAUGUUUUGAUUCACAAUGUCUUUUAAUUGACUACUUUUAUUCCUACUCAAUUGAGCUUUGGAUUCACCCUUGCUAUAUUAUAUGUUUUUUAAUACGAGAACUUUGCCAGCACAUCGCCAGGCAUUAAUCUAAUAAAAUAUGAAAAUAUUACAGAUUUGUACACAUAGGAAUCAAUUCGUACACUUUAUUUCACCCGAGAGCCAAUUCCGUAUUACCCUAUACGAUGUCAGCUUUUUCUCGAUUUGCUAUUGCAACAAAAUGAUUACAAAAUAUGUAUAUAAAUGAAUCCCGUGUAAAUGUACACAAAGCGAUUAACACUCAGUGUAAUACUGCACUGUGUUUGUCGCUCGACCAAGUCAAAAAGACAUCGAAAAGCGAUUCUAACCGAGUAAAUUGCAAUAAUUGUAAAUAUUGUCGUGAGCUGGUACAGCCUUGAUUAGCUAGCUCGUCCAUCGUUGUAUAUAAUAACGCAAAAACUGAGUCGUUUGUAAUGAGAAAUCCAUUUACGGGUAUUUACUAUACAUACUUCCUAUAUAAUAUAAUAUUUAUUGAGACUGUUCUAUAGUAAAAUUAUCAUUAUCUGCGUAGUAUAGAUUUUUACCCGUCGUGUAGCACAGUAUAAUUUACGCAUUAUACUCCGGAAUCGGUCGUCGAUUCGAAAUGUUUUCCCAUAUUACAUGACGGACUAGGUAGAACUGUAAAACAAAAACAAUGUCUAGAAAUCGCGGUUUUUAGUCUAAACGGUGAGCUGGAUUUUAAUGAAUUUCAAUGACAGAACUAAUGUGUUCGGAUUGCAGCGUUUAUACACGAACGCUUCCUGGUCGUCUACGACUCCGCAAUAGUACACCUAUCGUUUUAAUAUUUCACGACAUUUCUCAAUAAAAAAAAAAAAAUAUCUGCCUAUCUCUACUAUUACCUAUCUGCAAAUUCUUUAUUUAGUGUAAAUAGAAAUACCUAUAUACACGUAUGAUGCCCGUCUGAAAUAGAUAAUACUCAAAUAAAACCACGUCAAUUCGCGUAUUAUAAUUAGGUAUUAAUUAUUGAUAAUUCUAUCGCGGUAUUUCGGUUUGUCCGCAUUUACCUUGGAUUACGUUCAAGGCUACCGCGCGAAUACGCUCCGUUUGAUCCAAAUAAUAAUAAUUAUUAUCGUAUUGCAGCAGUCUUGUUUACCCGCGUUAUUCGAAAAUUAACGUAAUAAUAUUUUAAUCGACAAUAUAAACAAACGCAUUUUUCACGUCCGUAUUUGGUUUAUUUCCAGGUAAAGCUUGCGGUGUCCCGCGGGAUGGGAACCUCGACAAAAAAGAAGAAACCGAGCUUUUAUGGACCAACGUCGUUGAAUCGCAAUCAGCGUUUCUGGGACCGAACCUUUGGGAUAACAAAACCAUACCGUACGACAACGAACUUAAGGUAAACCAUGUGGAUUGACUGGGACUUUUUUUCUUUAAUGCGAUUCGUAAACGAUAAUCGAUCGUUUCCGUGUACAUUUUCGUAAUAGAUUCGCGACCGCGUUUUUAAUCGUUCGCGUAAAACAACAAUACUAUGUCCCCGCGAAUAAUCUCCCUAACCUUGCGACACGUUCGGUUUUAGUAUUGCGACCUUGACGAAUUUCUGUCCGAAAACGGAUUGCCGGUAGAAGGCGACCAGCAAAACGGAACGACCGCGGCCAACGUUAACCAAGGAGCCAUAGUGUCGGCCGGCCACCCGGGUGGCUCGUUGAUGCCGGGCGUCAACGGUCGCCUAUCGCCGCCGCCGCCGGUCGCCAUACAUCCGAUACAGCAUUUGCAGACAAACGGCACGGGCGUCAUACUGACCAAACGCGAACCGUCGCCGUCGCCCAGCGAACCGCUCAGCCCGAUCACCAUCAAUCCACCAUCGCCCGCAGAUUCAAGUGAGUUUCGUUUUGUUUUAUUGACCAUGCAAUAACCCGUCACCGCGAUAGUGAAGGUUCCGAUAACAAGACUGUGUAGAUAACCGAAGACAAGUUUCGGGGAGGGGGUUCAAAUUUUAUUUUUGGUCGAUUUGGAGAUGGCCGUUAUUAUUAUUUUAUUUUCCACCGUCUAUUUUUUUUUUUUCUAAUUUUCGGGGGCUCCUGACGCUGUGUAUGGAAGACAUUUAGUAUUUAAAUUCGCUUUCAAUCGGUCACGUGUUUUAUCAUAAUUUAUAUGUGUUCAUUGUGAAAUCAUGAAAUAAACUCAAACGUUUACCAAAAUCCGAGAAAAUCUACUCGUGCUGUAGACUCUGUUAAGAAGCCAAAUACUCAACAUAAAACAAAAAAAACUUUUUGUAAUGUACAACGUUAGAUUCAGUUAUUCGAUAUCACUAUUGUGAAAUAAGCUAUUCGAGAUUGACAAAUUAAACAUUUUUAGUUUUAAACAAUAUUUUUUUUUUUUUUUUUUUUUUUUUUUUUUUUGUAUUUUGUAAUUUGUAGUUUCGAAAAUAUAAAACCAAAGUUGUAGUGUAAAAUCUCCUUUUUAUAUUGUGAAAAUAUGAUUUACCAAUCAAGUCUAUAGCCAGAGUAGUUUUUUCUCGUGCAAAACAAUUUUUACAGUCGAAUUACGUGCGGCUCUCUUAAAGCAGUUUAAUAUAUUUUUGAAUAUUAUUUCAAAAUAUUCGCGAGUUUUACAGAAAACUCGUACAAAUUGUGUUGUUGGAUUUUGUCGAAAACCGAUUACGGGCCACUGUAUGACUAAUACGAUUAAAAUCCAAACGAAAAGAAAUAUAUACUUACUAUAUCAGUAUAAAACUGGGCGUUGGGCGGCUCUAUAAAGUGUCCAAUACAAUCGGCAUUAAAUACCGACAGAUUAGAUUAUAGUUACUGCGAUUUAAAAUUAUUUUCGUUUUAAAAACUAUUUUUUAAUUAAUUCUCCCAAUCAACAACGCGCGUAUAAUGUAUAUUAUGUUAUAUACUUAUGAUUCGUGUUUUUUUUUUUUUGCAGCAUUGUCGUUCGCGUCGUCCAGCAGAGACUUCGAUCCGAGAACAAGGCCGUUUUCCGACGAAGAAUUGAAGCCGCAGCCAAUGGUAAAGAAAUCAAGGAAACAGGUGAGAAGGGCCUCGUUAACUUGAUUGGUUUAUUCAUUAUAUUUGUCGCUUAUAAUAAGUGACAUCCCACUGACCAUAAUUUUUCAUUAGUUUGUGCCGGACGGGCUGAAAGACGAAAAAUACUGGGCAAGACGUAGAAAAAACAACAUGGCAGCAAAGCGAUCGAGAGACGCUAGGCGAAUGAAAGAGAACCAAAUUGCGUUGAGAGCAGGAUUUUUAGAAAAAGAGGUACUUUAACUCGCUUGGGUCGAGUAAAAAAAUGUUUAAAAACAAAUUCCAAUCAAAUAAUUUAUAGGCAUACAAGGCGUAACCAUAUCACAAUGACGAUAUCCGAAUUUAUAAUAAUUUACAAAAAUCCUAUAUCCAAAUGAAACCAAGCAGAAUGUAUAAUAUUAUGGUACCUAUAUACGUAUAACCCUACCGUGUUUCUAAGCAGGAAUAGAAUUAACCUUAAGAAAACCAGUCCAGAAUAAAAUAAUGUACGUUUUAUAUACGUAGCUAUAAUUAAUUAGGUAUGAUAACGGAAUGAAACGAUCAACAGAGCAAUUAUUUCUCUAUUUCUUGUCAUAAAUUGAAAAUCAUAUAAUAAUAUAAUAGUUGAUGUCUAUAUCGAAACCAACUAUUUGAAUUAAUAAUAUAUUAUUAUCUUUUCAAAAUAAUAACUAUCAAAUUUAAAUUUUGAUAGAUAUGUCUAAUCUUGUAAUCCUAUGCCACCUGCGUAAUAAUACGAGUAUAUUAUUACCGUAGGUGCCAACGUUUUUUUCUAUUGUUUAACUUUCAACAUUUUUAGUAAUAUUAUAUUACUCCAAAUAUUCCAUCGAAUAUUUUCUAUGGCUGUGUUAGCUACAGAAAUAUUUGUAAAAUUUCACAGUAUUUAAUAAAAUUAUAAUAGAUUUUUUUUUUAAAAAAAAUCCUAAUUUAAGUUACUAUGUAAUCAUUAGAAUUGUAUUUUCAAACUAUUAGAAACAGUAAAUUUCAUUUCCUGAGCGUCCUUUUUUCGAAUUCUCAAUUCAGUUGCAGGUGUCUUAAAUACUGAGAAAAACACUGUAAAAAGUUAAACACGGAAUUUAGAAGAUUGGUAACUGUAUAUUUUAGUUGGUUUAUAGAUCUAGAAGCCAGACAAAACUGUAGAAAUUAUGUUCAAUGGAUUUCAAUUUUGAAUACGGAGAUUAUGAUUCUUUAGCUUCUUUACUAGGAUAUGUUGCAAAUAGAAAUUUAAUUAUUUUAUUGAAAAUUGUAAAAAUAUUUAAUUGUAUUUUGAACAUUUUUCAAAAAUGUACUUUAAGUAUUUUGCCUUUUACUUAAUAAUAAUAAUAACAAAGAAACUAAACAAUCAUAAUAUGUUUUCAAAAUUAAAAUCUAAAAGUGCAAUUUCUACAGUUUUAUCUAGAUUUUCGGUAUAAAACUUCAUACUUGUCUGUAAAAACUACCAUACUCCUUCCCCUUAAAUAGGUAUCGCACAAUAGGUUAGAGAAAAAGUUUUAUCAUUUAAAUGGUCAUUAAAUUGUAAAAAACUAUCAAACUUUAUUAAACUGUAAAAAUAUAAAAUUAUCAUUAUCCUACUCAUAAUUGAGUCUAGCAAGUAAGGAUGUCCAAAACUCUCAAUUACUAUGUAUAGGUAUUUAAAUUAACUGUACUAAAAAAAUACACAGAUUAUGUAAAAAUAUACUUAUGUAAUUUGAUGACAAUGUGUAGGUACCUAAUAUAAUUGCACGAUUACCGGACUUUUUUCUACUGUAGACACAUUUUUAAGUAUAUAGGUACGUGAUUUUUAAACAGUAUACUUUUGCUUCAAAUUAUAAAAACAUUGAUAUUGAUCAUUAUGGCCGCCUUCACAAUACAUCAAACUUUUAUCCAAUUCAACAAAUAUAAACAGGAUGAUUUACUAAUUUAACUAUACUUGAAAAUUCCAAAAUUCAGAAUUUGAUAAAUAUUUACAUGCAAACUUUAACCAAAAAAAUGGAAUGAGUACUCUUAGUGAAUCAUCCUGUACAUAUGUAUUUAUUCAUAAACUAAAAUUCUCUUAGUUUUACUAAUAAACAGUUUUACAUUGACAUAUACUAAUACCGAAUGUCUUGUCCUUUAUAGAACAUGGGUCUCAGACAGGAGAUGGAACGUCUAAAGAAAGAAAACAUGGCAUUACGAGAUCGUCUUUCAAAGUUCACAAAUGAAAUCUAG